CCUCAUCAUCUUUCAAGCUCAACCUUCUAUCCAGAUAUGCGACUCACUGAUUCAAAAGACGUCAUUCUACAGCUUUUGUCACUCUUGGUAUGGUUGUCAAGCACAGUACCUCGUCACCUCGCUUGUUUGAAUAUUCCUAUCGAAAUUUCUGUGUCUUUGAAAGACAAAUACAAAUCAUUCAUGGUACCAGUAAUUGAGAUAGCAUCUCAGCAGCCUCAUCCCUCGAAUAAUUCUGCAACUUUCAGUCAAUCUUGCUCUGUAACUGAUAAUGACAUAUCAUUUCCUUUCCUUCCACUUCCGCUAACAUUUGACCACACAGAUUCUGACCACUGGGUGGAACUCUUGGACAACAUCCAAUCAUGGCUUGUGAAAUCUGUGGAUCCAAGUACGCCUGAAUGGGCUUGGGGCCAGGAAGUGUUCUGGUAUGUAUUCAUUGCUACCAAUCCCAACUUCCCAGGCAGGAAAUGGUCCUUCUGGGAUUCUAGCAUUUCUCUCAAGGGCCAAUUCAUCGAGGAGUGGGUG